AUGCCAUCAUUUUCAUAUCAUUGUCAUUAUUUUCUCUAAUAGAAAAAGUGCCCAUAAACAUUAGUAUCAAUCAUGUUUUUUUCAAUCAAAGAAACAAACAAACGGACAAUAAUUGGUCAACAGUGUUUUCAGUGGAAUUUAUAAUCCCUGUAAUGCAAUGCAGUUCCUCACUCUAGCUGGUCAAGUGGACUCUACUUCAAAACAUGUAUUCAAUUUCAUGCAGAGUGAAUCAGUUACAUAAUGUUAGUUGCUCAAAUCUUUCACUUUUCCAUGUUAGAAAACCUCAAAUUUAUGCGCCAUUUUCGACCAACGUAUCUUCUAAAUUCUCGAUUCGUUUGGGUUCACACUUCCAACAAAAAUACAGUAGCUUCAAGUCCAAGCUGCCUCUCAAAUGUGCAUCGCUGAACACUUCGGAUUCCGUGCUACCUGAUCCAAUCCCUCAGAAAAUGAAGCAAAAAACAAUGUCCAUUUUGGAGAUUCUGAAGCAAGCAAAUUCACUUCUACCUUAUGUAGUCUUCGCUAGCACACUUCUAGCUCUAAUCUUCCCACAUUCUUUUACGUGGUUUACCAGCAGAUACUAUGCUCCUGCAUUAGGAUUUUUGAUGUUUGCAGUUGGAGUUAAUUCAAGUGAAAAGGACUUCCUUGAAGCAUUUAACAGGCCAGCAGAACUUGUGACUGCUUAUGUUGGUCAGUUUGUGGUGAAGCCUCUUCUUGGAUAUUUUCUUUGCAUAAUUUCAGUAAAUGUAUUUGGUCUACCAACAGCAAUAGGCGCAGGAAUUGUAUUGCUGGCUUGUGUUAGCGGAGCGCAGCUCUCAAGUUAUGCUACUUUUCUAUCAGACCCACAAAUGGCACCAUUAAGCAUAGUUAUGACAUCGUUAUCUACUAUUUCUGCGGUUUUUGUCACACCUCUCUUAUUAUUGUUGCUCAUUGGGAAGAAACUGCCUAUAGAUGUAAAAGGAAUGGUGUUUAGCAUUACACAGGUUGUGCUUGUUCCUAUUACAUUUGGUCUACUUCUAAAUCGCUUCUUUCCUCAUAUUUGUAAUGCUAUUCGACCAUUUUUGCCUCCACUAUCAGUAUUGGUAGCAGCUCUCUCUGCAGGAGCACCACUUGCUCUUAACAUUGAGUCAGUUAAAUCCCCCUUUGGUUUUGCUAUCUUUUUGCUCGCUGUUGCUUUUCAUUUGUCAUCUUUUGUAGCUGGUUAUGUUCUUAGUGGAUUCGUCUUUCGUUAUUCUCCUGAUGUGAAGCCGCUGCAGAGAACAAUUUCCUUUGAGACAGGAAUGCAAAGUAGCCUCCUUGCCCUAGCUCUUGCUAAUAAAUUCUUUGAAGAUCCAGUUGUGGGUAUGCCAUCUGCAAUUUCUUCUCCGCUUAUGUCUUUGAUGGGAUUCUCUCUUGUUCUGAUUUGGUCGAAAAUAAAGAACAAGACAAAACAAGGCAGCUGAAAAUAAUUGAUAGGGGGUACAUUGAUCGAUUAAUGUUGUGUAUUUUACUAAGCUUUUGUACUACAAAAGUGGUAUCACAUUGUAUUUAAAGGACUCUUAGCUAGACCAAAGGAGUAUAGUAACUAACUGGUGCAUGUAAUAAAUGUAGCCAAGAAUCUUCCAAUCCAACCAUGUAGCAUAAAUGAAUAUCUCAUUA